CGAGUAUAUUGACAGAAAAUAUUAUAUAAUAAGAGUAGACUGGAUGCCGAUUUCCUUUUUUGGAUCCGGAUAAUUCGGGUCCUGAGCCUAAGUAGGGUCCAGUCGUACCAUCCUCUUUUUGUUUUUAAUAUUUUAAACUCCAUCUAUUCCAUCCGAACGACCUCUUUCUUUCCUCCGCCAUCAUCGCUCCAGAGACCGUUUCACGAAUAGGUACCAUUUCGUUCCGUCCUUAUUGAUCCACUUAUCUAGAACAGCCUUCACAGCUACUUAUAGACGGGUCUUGCGGAUAACUUGACGCCAUCCCCUUCCCUACGAUGCGCGCUCUUUUCAAGCCAUUCGCCAUUCAUGCGGCGUAUUCACCUAUAGAGACCAUCGUAUUCUUCUUUAUUCUUGCAACGCUCGCCUAUUUUCAUGUGCUGUCGACAAUAAAACAUUCAACAUUUUUCGCCUCUUCAAACCCAGCUAUAAUUCGACCUGCUUAUCUUUUACAUCGUCAGGGAGAGUGGAGGAACGUACGAGAACCUCUCUGGUUGCGGGAGACCAAGGCUGGGUCAGAAAACGCGGUCAUACCAGUCGAGCUAGAGCAGGUCGUCUUUUCAUUAGAUUCGGUACGGACCGGGGCUGUCGUUCCAGAGUCCAUCACAUUCGCUAUGGACAAGGUCUCGAACUCUGUGUUCAACGUCACGAAGCAACUACCUCACUAUCUUCAACGGCCGACGGGUGGCAACUUUACUUCUUCUUGCUACCGUGCUUCUGUGAAUAGCGUGCACGCGCUUGAGGGUUCCCAUACGGCUUGCUUCACCAAUGAGCUCGUUACCCCGCGUUCUAUCCACGAAACCUUGUCAUUCCUUCCAGGUCAAAGUCAGGACUUGACGACCGCUCUAGUCCACGGAUUAAAGGGUUACGUGGACGAGAAUGGUGUACGCUUUGAGGUCGAGACCAAACAAGUGGAAACUAUUGGAGAAAUGAAGGACAGCCGUUGGGUUGCUUAUGCCGCACGUACUUUGGUCGUACGAUUUUGGGAUCUCACCAAAAAAGCCGAUUCCCUUGAUAUCCUUCUGAUUCUUGCAGGCUACAUCCUCAUGCACACGACUUUCUUCCUCCUGUUCACACGUUCACGCCGUCUUGGUUCUAAUUUUUCGCUUCCCAUCGCCAUCCUCUCAUCGGCAGUGCUCGCGUUACUUCUUGCUCUUCCUGUCGCAACGUGGCUGCGCAUCCCGAUGGACCCUGUCGCAUUGACGGAGUCUCUACCUUUCCUUGUUUGCACUGUGGGUUUCGACAAACCCCUGCGUCUUGCCAGGGCAGUAUUUAGUCACCCACAUCUUACCAGUCCGGUCGGAGGCUCCAGCUCAAAUGGAAUGCUCAAACCAGCAGGAGAGAUCAUCUUGGAAUCUCUUUCGAACGUCUACACCCCCAUAUUGAGGGACUACGUUCUCGAGAUAGCGGUGUUGGUUAUGGGAGCCUACAGCAAAGUCAGUGGUCUGAAGGAGGUCUGUGCACUUGCUGCUCUAGUCCUUGGUAUCGAUUGCCUUCUCCUGUGCACGUUCUUGGCUUCGAUUUUGGGUAUCAUGAUCGAGGUUCGGAGGAUUCAAACCGUUCGUGCACACUCUACACCCCGGCCUCCCACAGUCAGCAUUACUUACCCUGAUGGAACUUCUGGUCAAGCACCUUCAAAUCCAAAUUCACCUAGCUUGACGCAUAAGGUGUCGAAGAUGGUGUUGGGCGUCAAAGGCUCCAGUCUUUCUUCUCAAGGAUCUAAGGAACAGAAGCCGCAGAACCCCGUUGCGAGAUUGAAGCUUCUUUUGAUCGCCGCCUUCUUGAUAUUGCAUAUCCUCAACCUGUGCGCGCCCCUGACACCUCAGCGACACAGUAGUCAGAACGCUGCUCUCCACAUCCGAAAGGUUGACGUUACCAGUCCUGCCAUCCGUCACGCUCUUGAUGCCCUCGCUACUACCGAAGAAGACACUUUCGAUGACCACGAUCUACUGGUCAAGGUUCACCCACCUGUUCACGUUCACGUACUUCCGCCCCAGUCUAUUCUUAUCGCCGCCGCUGGGGAGGAGACUUCUGGCAACUUUUGGGACAACUUUAUGACCAACUGGUCUAAACUUGUCGGAGAUCCAUUCAUGUCCAAGUCGAUCGUCGUCCUUUUGGCUCUCAGUAUCAGUCUCAACGGGUACCUACUGAAAGGAAUUGCAGCGGGGCUAGCCGGAAAGGGAGCCACCACGACUGCCAAGGGAAGUGGGGUAAGGUUCACUGGAGAGGAAGGUGUGGAGGGGGAUAGUGAAGCAACCCUCAUCAAAGGCGCAUCUGUGUCGAGACCAGAAAUCGAGAUUGAGAAGAUCUCACCACCUCAACCACCGCGCUAUACAUCACCUCCACCGCAAACUGUCAGCCUUCCUCCAGCUUCAUUGCCUCAACCCGCUACUUUUACUCUGGAAGACGUUGACAGACGGCUACGUGCUCGCAGACUUACGGUAUCCUCCUCUCAUUCUGCCGGUGACUCCAACGAGUCCGAUAACGAGUCGGAGGAAGUUGUUAGGUCUUUGGAAGAGUGUAUCAACAUCUUCGAAAAGGGAGUAGGACCUGUCAACACCAGGCUCAGUUUGCUUAAUGACGAGGAAGUUAUACUUCUUUGCCAGAACGGCAAGAUCGCAGCUCAUUCGCUCGAGAAGGUGCUCGGUAACGCCGAGCUUGAAAGGGCGGUUAGAAUUCGAAGAGCACUGAUCUCACGGGCAUCUGUCACCAAGACACUGGAGUACGCUGAUAUCCCCAUAUCCAAUUACGACUACUCUCGCGUCAUGGGCGCUUGCUGCGAGAACGUCGUUGGCUACAUUCCUCUUCCUUUGGGUAUCGCUGGUCCCCUCAAAAUUGAUGGUCACUCAUUCCCUAUCCCCAUGGCUACCGCAGAAGGUACACUCGUCGCUUCGACUUCGCGUGGUUGCAAAGCGUUAAAUGCUGGUGGCGGUGUUACCACUGUACUGCUCAAAGACGCAAUGACACGUGGACCUGCCAUUGACUUCCCUUCCAUCGUUGUUGCUGCUCAAGCCAAGGCUUGGAUCGAUUCACCGGAGGGUUAUGGGGCUAUCAAGGAAGCUUUUGAGUCUACCUCUCGUUUCGCCAAGUUGAGCAACCUGAAGACUGCGAUGGCAGGACGUACCAUGUUCGUUCGAUUCGCCACGUCUACUGGUGACGCGAUGGGUAUGAACAUGAUUUCAAAAGGGACUGAGAAAGCUUUGGAGGUGUUGCAAAAGAAGUUCCCCGAGAUGAUUGUAUUGGCACUGUCGGGCAAUUAUUGCACGGACAAGAAGCCUGCUGCGAUCAACUGGAUUGAGGGACGUGGAAAGAGUGUCGUUGCUGAGGCUGUUGUCCCUGGGAAAGUGGUCCAGACCGUGUUGAAGACGACUGUUGAUGCUCUUUGCAAUCUGAAUAUCAAGAAAAACCUUAUUGGGUCUGCGAUGGCUGGUUCCGUUGGUGGAUUCAAUGCCCAUGCGGCCAAUAUUUUAACUGCCGUUUUCCUUGCUACCGGACAAGACCCUGCACAAAAUGUAGAGAGCUCAAAUUGUAUGACUCUUAUGGAACCGGUUAACGAAGGCAAAGAUCUAUUGAUGACUGUUUCGAUGCCGUGUAUCGAAGUCGGUACUGUUGGCGGUGGAACUGUUCUCGCACCCCAAGGCGCUGUCCUCGAGAUGCUCGGAUUCAAGGGCGCACACUCCACUCAUCCCGGACAAAACGCUCAAAGUCUAGCACGUCUCAUCGCAUCUGCUGUCAUGGCCGGGGAACUCUCGCUUCUCAGUGCCCUCGCUGCAGGACACCUCGUUCGCGCACAUCUCGUACACAACCGUUCCCAACUCAACACACCCGCUGCUACGCCAGGACCUGCACCUUCAUCGACUGGUGGUCAACUUGCCCCCAAGGUUUCGAAAGGUCCAGGUAGCGCGCUACUCACCCCUUCAUCUUCAUCGACUUCGUUACCUCCUUAUUCGUUAGAGAGACCACGAUAAUUUUUGAUCUUGUUAUGCUUAUGUAUUAUAGUAGACUUCUCCUAUUCCUUCUCUUCUCCUGUUCAUCUCCACUCCUCACCCUCCACAUUGGAUUAUCUUUCGUCCUUGUUCGAUUUCCGUAUCCAGCGGAAGUUUAUGCUUUUUCUUAAUUGCUCUACACGAACUGUAUCAACUACAUUACAUUACAUUUUUCUUGUCAUUUUCGCAGGCAAACAUUACAAGAACUAUUUACACUCACGUCGCAAUAUCUUACUUUUUUUUUUUGAAUUACUGGUCGACACGAAUGAAA